UGUGUCAGAUACACACUCAGUCUCAGACAGAGCGGGUGUGUGAGCGCUGUCCUAACAAUCCCACAUCCAGACAUAUAAACAGCUGAUACUGGCAGUCCUGAAGCUGGAUCUAUUGACAAUCCUUAAGCACUCUGAUUUCCAUUGGGAUUUCUUUCUUUCUUUUUUUUUCUUGUGAGGAACGUGCUGGGAAACUGUGUCUGAAAGAGAAUUGCUGAGACAGCCGUGUGACAGUCUACACAAGCACAUGGAGACUGAAUUGGGCCGUAUCGUCGUCCUUGAGGACUUGUUUCUUAGUAGAAAUCCACCAUUGUGAGGCCCUGCGAAUACACUGCUCUUAUUUCAGGAGUUUGAGGAGAAGAAGAAAAACAAACAAGCAAGGGAAAAGAUCUUCAUGAGCGCCAGAAAAUCCAGAGACAGAACACACUGAGACACAAGGAGCAAAAUGUGGACACUAAACAUGACGCGUGUCUCUUUCCUGUUCCUCCUCAUUGCCCUCCUGGCUGGAUGUGGUCGAGCAGCAGAAGACGACGUCACCCCUCGCCUGAGUUUCUCUUACAAUGCAAACGAGAGGUCGGCCAAGAGAUUUUCACCCAAUGGAGUCUUCAAUUACACCUCUCUGCUCCUCAGUAAAGAGGAUAACAUGCUUUACGUUGGCGCUCGAGAGACUCUCUUCGCACUCAAUAUCACCGAUAUCAGCAGAACACAGCUGCAGCGUAAUUUAACAUGGAGCACACCACAGAGAAAGAGAGACGAGUGCAGUUUCAAAGGGAAAGACUUACUGACCGACUGCUUCAAUUACAUCAAGAUUUUACUGCGUGUGAACGGCACUCACCUGUACGUGUGUGGAACGUAUGCUUUCAGCCCUAUCUGCGCUUACAUCAACACGUCUGAUUUUUCCCUGGUGCGCAGUGAAAUGGGAGAAAUCGUCACCGAAGAUGGUCGAAGCCGGUGUCCUUUCAACCCUGAAUACAAGUCCACGGCCAUCCUAGCUGAUGGAGAACUGUAUGCCGGCACAGUCAGUAACUUCCAAGGGAACGAACCCAUCAUUUACAAAAGCCUUGGCCAGGGCACAGCCUUAAAGACCGAAAACUCACUGAACUGGCUUCAAGACCCCGCUUUUGUGGGCUCAGCCUACAUUCAGGAGAGUUUGCCCAAAGGCAACACAGUCGGCGAUGAUGACAAGAUUUACUUCUUCUUCAGUGAAGCGGGAAAGGAGUUUGAUUUCUUUGACAACACUAUUGUGUCACGCAUCGCUCGCGUGUGUAAGGGUGAUAAAGGUGGAGAGAGGGUUCUUCAAAAGAAAUGGACAACCUUUCUGAAAGCCCAGCUCCUGUGUUCAUUGCCUGACGACGGGUUCCCCUUCAACAUCAUCCAGGACAUGUUUGUACUGACCCCCAGCAAAGAGGCCUGGAAGAGUACAGUGUUUUAUGGAGUCUUCACCUCACAGUGGUACAAAGGUGCUUCAGGAAGCUCAGCUGUAUGUGCGUUUACCAUGGAUCAGGUUGAAGAGGCGUUUAAUGGACGUUACCGGGAAGUUAAUCGGGAGACGCAGCAGUGGUACACCUACAACCACCAAGUACCAGAACCCAGACCUGGAGCGUGCAUCACCAACUCGGCCCGUGCCCAGGGGAUCUCGUCCUCUCUGCACAUGCCUGAUAAAGUGCUGAACUUCGUGAAGGACCACUUCCUCAUGGAUAGCGUGAUUCGAAGCCAGCCUCUGCUCCUCAAACGAAACGUGCGCUACACGCAGCUCGCUGUGCACCGAGUACAGGCUCUUCACAAGUCCUACGAUGUGCUCUUCAUCGGCACAGAUGAUGGCAGGAUUCACAAAGCCAUCAACGUUAAUCAAAAGAUGUAUAUUAUUGAAGAGCUGGUGAUUUUCCCCGAGCCUCUUUCUGUUCAACACAUCGAACUGGAUGAUGAGAAGGGACUGUUGUUUGUGUCCAGCUAUUCUGGGCUGGUUGAAAUCCCUCUUGCCAACUGCUCCAACUACCAGAGCUGUGGAGAGUGUGUGCUGUCUAGAGAUCCGUACUGUGCCUGGACAGGAAAGCAGUGUUCAAAUAUCAAACAUGCUCCAACUAAGAGUCAAUGGCAACAAGAUAUAGAUGAUGCCAACACUGCCAUGUGCAAAAUGCCAAGCCCUCGCUCUCCAAGGCCGACGUCACCACGUGCUCCAUCAUGUCAUGUAGUACAAAUACCUGUCAACACAUUUACGGUCCUACCCUGCAAGCUGCGAUCCAACUUGGCUGAGAGGCGAUGGGAGUACAGUCAAACCGCCGAGCGAUUCGUCUACCCUAGUCCUGACGGCGGCCUGGUGGUUGUAGCCCAAGUGGACAGGGAGGAGAUCUAUGAAUGUUGGUCUGAAGAAGGCGGCUACCAACAACUUCUGGCCAAUUAUUGCGUUAAAGCCGAGCACGAAAGCACCACCCUGACUGGACGAUCCCGAACGCAGCUCGUGCCCCAAGGGGAGGCCAUCAUCCUGCCGGGGGAAACGUGGUCGCCGCAGAAAACCAAGACGUACUGGAAUGAACUGAUUGUUGUGUGUGCCUUACUGGUGUUCUCCCUGGUGGUCCUGUCGCUGUUUGUGGCAUACAGGAACCGAGAUAGGAUGAAGUCCAUGCUGAAGGAAGGCGAGUGCCCCAACAUGCAACAGAAGAAACCGCGAAUUCCAGGGAAGCACACGGAAAGCCUUCCAUUAAAUGGCAACAAUAUCCCGCCCUCUGUGUCUGACCACAAGGGCUACCAGACGCUCAAUGAUAACUACAUCUGCAGCACCCCAACCCACGAAUGCUCCUCACCCGAGAACAGCAAGAGCUUCUCGGAAUCCGAAAAGAGACCGUUGAACUUAAAGGAGAGCCACGUGGAAAUCUCGCCGACUUGCCCACGGCCUCGAGUACGCCUGGGCUCGGAAAUCAAAGACUCGAUUGUUUAAGUUGGUGUGGGAUGACUGUUAAAAAAAAUAUAAAAAUAGUGGCCUCUGAACUGAACAGCACCAUGGGAGGGACAGACUGAAAAUGACUGGAAACGUACCAUCACUGGGUUUUAUUUUGCACUUUGUCUCCUCUCAUUUUGUCUUGGUGAUCUGUUCACAUUUCUCAGUCACUGCCAAGUCUGUGAAGCACCCAGAGCCACGACGAGUGGGACGCAAGGCCUCGGGUGCACUUUGAAAAAAUAAGGUGGGCAUUGCGAGAGACGCCGAUCCAGUCGUCCCGCCCCGGUCCUCCGUCCAAAAAUGUCUGGUGGCAUCUGUGUGAAAGCAAUACGAUGCCCUCAGGGUUCACCCACCUGUCAUGCUCCCAUCUCAUCCCUUGGUCUGCUGCGUAGAGUUGGUCGUCCUGCGAACGCGAAGAUUCAAACUUUAGUCUAGAACAGAGGCUCUUGCAAAACAUAGUGCCUGACGUGAGAUGAUUAGCUGGCAUUUCCACACAAUGUAAGAGUGGUGCAUCAAAACAAAGCUUUGAUGAUAUAUGCAAACCCUUUGCACAGUAUAUCAUCAUGACCUCAGUCCUCAGCACAUAGCAGGCAUACUAUGCAAAUCACAUAAAGGAGAAGCAUCGUGUAGAGAGCUAACAAAACAGCACACGGCUGUCCUAGUACAAUAAGCGAUGCCACGACCUCAGUAUUCUACAGCGCUUCUCAGAGGUACACAUGUUAAAUAAAGUAUGCAAGUGAGAUUGAGGCAUGUAAAGAGCCCACAAUGGGGUUUCAAUGGGUAGAGGACUCCAAAGAAGGCAUGUUAGCAAUACUAAGAGUACAUCCCAAGGAACAAAUUACAUUCUGAAGAUGAAAUAUGAUUAUCUCUAUGUUCUUUGUACCUCAAUCACAAUUUGAUCAAUGGAAUUCAAAAAUCAUUUAAAGCAGAGGUUCUCGAAAAGAAAUGAAAGUUUUUGAUGAAAACAUUCCAGGAUUUUUCUGGACUU